GAGUGAGAUCCACCAUUUCAGCCCGGAAGUUUGGUCAUUUGUUUAUCCCUUGACAGAUGGGUGUAAUUUUAAUUAUGAAGUAAUAUUACACGGUUUGAACUCCGGGCCACGUUGUUAAACUGUCAGUCUGUGAAGAAUCUCAGUUGAAAGUUGACUUCCUGGACAGUCACCGCUGCUUGUGGAGGACUUGAGUGAGAGCUGUCCAGCUAUCCUGGCUAGCGGUGGGCUAAUACCAGAGAAGGACAACAACAUUACAGCUGUAGCUAAGAUAGUAAACAAGCCACUACUUUCAGUGAGAAGACGAGAAGCGCAUCUAUCGGACGGAUAUGUGUUGCCGUUAGAUAACAUGUCGAAUCAGCUCCAGCCGGCUUUCCCGAUCCAACAGCUGCCUAAUCUGAACUCUGCUCCUUUCCCACAAUGUUUUGUGAAACCUUUUAACAACCCUCUUCAAAUCAAAAGGAAUGUAAUAACAGUCGAUUACAGUGUAACAAGUCAGGUGCUCGGGAUGGGGAUAAAUGGCAGAGUGUUGGAAAUAUUCCACAAAGAGAGUGGAGAAAAGUUUGCACUAAAGAUGCUGCAGGAUUGUCCAGAGGCCAGGCGGGAGGUUGAGCUCCACUGGAGGGUGUCAACUUGCCCCUACAUUGUACCCAUCAUAGAUGUUUAUGAGAAUCUUUACCAUGGCAGGAAGUGUCUCCUCAUCGUGAUGGAGUGCAUGGAUGGAGGUGAAUUGUUCAGUCAUAUCCAAGACAGAGGGAAUCAUGCACAUGCAUUUACAGAAAGAGAGGCCUCUGACAUCAUGAAAAGUAUAGGAGAAGCCAUUAAUUUCUUGCAUUCCAUCAACAUUGCUCACAGAGACAUCAAGCCGGAGAACCUGCUGUACACCUCCAAAAGGCCAGAUGCCCUCCUCAAGCUGACGGAUUUUGGGUUUGCCAAAGAAAUCACCACCUUAAACUCUUUAGCAACUCCAUGUUUUACCCCCUACUACGUUGCUCCAGAAGUUCUUGGUCCAGAGAAGUAUGACAGAUCCUGUGACAUGUGGUCUCUGGGUGUCAUUAUGUAUAUUCUACUUUGUGGAUAUCCUCCCUUUUUCUCACAUCAUGGUCUGGCAAUAUCCCCAGGAAUGAAAAGACGGAUCCGUAAUGGACAAUAUGAGUUCCCCAACCCAGAGUGGUGCGAUGUGUCUGAGGAAGCCAAGCAGCUAAUCUGCCAUUUACUGAAAACCGAGCCCACCCAGAGAAUGAACAUCACCAAGUUCAUAAACCAUCCCUGGAUUAAUCAGUCAGUGGAGGUCCCGCAAACGCCUCUUCACACCAGCCGCGUGCUGCACGAGGAACAAGAUGUCUGGGAGAAGGUUAAGGAGGAAAUGACAAAUGCCCUACAAACCAUGAGAGUGGACUAUGAUCAAAUUAAAAUCAAAACCAUCGAAGACUCUACAAAUCCUCUACUCUUGAAGAGAAGAAAGAAAAGUAAAAACUCAACCACACAACCUCCAGGCUAGUGAAAUAAAGACGUUUUAAGAGGUAUUCAGUUUCACACAAACACACAUGCAUACGAUUUAGUAGGGGAAAGCUAGCAAUAAGAUCUUUACGAAGAAUGUUUUAUUGGCAAGUGGCUCUCAUACGUUUUCUAUGUUUUUACCAGUUUUAAAUUCUUUCCUCAAAUGGUUUUAUUUUAAUACAACAACGCCCCUAGACCUUUUGGUAAAUGUGCUUUAAGGACUUUUGAGCUCUCUAUGCACUGAAAAGGUAUUCUGUGUGUACACUAAGGGUUAUUCAUAAAUCGUCUCACUAGAGUAAACUACAAUCUAUUGUGCGUCUUAUGUGUUGUAUAUUAGGACCGUUUUUAUAUUUCUGAUGUACAUAUUUUAGUGAGCUUUGUUUGGCGUCAAUUGACCGUUUUCAGUUUGUUUUCUGUCUCUUUUCUUUUAGACUGACUUUUUGGCUUGAGGGUGUUAUUGAGAUAGUUUGCCAGCAUCAUUCAUAUGUUACUAUUGAAUGUCCGUUACCAGAAACCAUAACUUUUGUUUGGUAUGCUGACAUGGUGUUCGAAGUAUUUCUCCUUACCACUACAUAAGAGUUUUCUUUCCAAAUUGUGGUUGUGCGGUAUGUAACACUUAUUCGCCAAAUGUAGGAAUAUUCAAGCUUGCUAUGCUCAUGAGACGGGUGAUAAUUUUAUUGAUAAAACUGUGAUGCCAACUGGCGCUUUUGUAGCAAUAAUUUCCCCGAAAGCAGUCAUAUAAAAGUAGUUGCAUGAGAUCUGUUGUGUGAGGCGUUGUAAGAAAAGUUGACGGCAGUAAACCUUUGGAUGGUGUUGAGAUACAGUGAGUUACAGUAAAAAAUGUUACACAUCAUUAUUAUUAUGUCUGUCUUUCACUAUGGAUUAAAUAUCUUGAUAUUCUC